GAUUUUAUAUAUAUAUCAGCGGAACGGUGGAUCAGCUGGUAAGCAUUGGCCUCAGAGUUCUGAGGUCCCGGGUUCGAUCCCGGCCCUGCCUGUGUGGAGUUUUCAUGUUCUCCCCAUGCCUGCGUGGGUUUUCUCCGGGCACUCCGGUUUCCUCCCACAUUCCAAAAACGUGUAACAUUAAUUGGAGACUCUAAAUUGCCCCCAGGUGUGAUUGCAAGUAUGCCUGUUUGUCUCCAUGUGCCCUGCGAUUGGCUCGCGACCAGUUCAGGGUGUACCCCGCCUCCUGCCCGUUGACAGCUGGGAUAGGCUCCAGCAUUCCCCGCGACCCUCGUGAGGAUAAGGGGCUAAGAAAAUCAUGGAAGGAUGUAUAUAUAGUGAGAGAGAGAUUUAUAUAUCUAUCCAUUCAGCCAUCCUUUUUCUGAGCCGCUUAUCCUCACGAGGGUUGCAGGCAUGCCGGAACAAACCCAGCUGUCGUGUCUUGUGAGGAUAAGCGGCUUGGGUAAUGGAUGAAUGGGCGGUUUGUUGAGAGUGCCAUGAUAGUAUGCGACGACUAAACCGGUUCUCUCCGCUGACUUCAGCUGUCGCCGAGCAGCUCCACCUGCCCCGGGCCCGAGCGGGAGGUUCUCGCUCCGCCCGGCUCCGGGCCUGAGCCGGCCCACCGCCCCGCCCUCUGCGAGUCCUGCUCUCGGGGCGCUCAGGUAGGUGAAAUGUGGCCAAACAGGUCGGAUGGGAGCUCAGGCAGGAGGAGGGAGCCUACUCGCUGAGAGAUUGACGAGCUCGUCAGUCAGGUGGAUGGUGGGACUCGAACAAUGACCCCGCUGUGCCGCCGUCAGGAAGGAGCAGUGAGAGGAAGCGUGGGAGGAGGCUCAACCGAGGAGGAGGGGGAAGACGACGACGACGGUGGGGCGGGUGGGGGGGGGGACGCGAUCCACGGCCUCGGAGUGGACACAAGAGAAGACAUGCUUCACUACGGGCCCAGACGCACAUUUUCCAGCACCACCACCACCACCACAGCCGACUCCUCAGAGGCCACAAGCGAGAGGACGAUCAGGCGCCUUCGGUUGACUCUCCAUCCGGGAGACGAGGCCAGCAAGGAGCGCAAACCCCAUCCGUCAGAUACCGAUGGCUGGAAAAAGAGGAAUGGCAUCGUUCAAAGAGAGAGGCCGGCUGGGAGAGAGUCGCCCAAGCAGCACCCGCCUGACACGACCAACGGGCAGGCCGAGCCCUGGCUGCAGCACCGCGGGCCCAAAAUGUACGGCGUGGUUCAAAGGAGCAACCCCGACAGGCAGCAGGAAGUGACGGCGCGGGAGUGGACCGUCAGCCACCUUCAUGACGAGAUGAGGUACAUCAGGGAGGUGAGAGAUUCCCUGGAGAAGGUCAGAGAGCGCAUGUACGGGCAGUUUGGGGGCAUGCAGCAGUCUGUCCAGAAGCUCUCACAGGAAAUUAAGACCGCCAACUCACAUCGGAGGACUCUCGAGUCAGAAGUGAGGGUGCGCACGGCGGCCAUGGAGCGAUUCGAUCAGAUGAACAACUCCCUUAUAUCAUCCAACAUCAACCUGCAGAAAUCUCUCCUGGAUAACUGCCAAAAUCGGGUGGACGCGGGGGAAGAGUUGAAGACUUUGCGCAGCACGUGUGAGAGAACCCAAGAACAGCUGAGAGACAAGGACAGAGAGCUGGCCACAGCCCACGCCGAGAACCAGACGCUCAGACUCCAGGUGGAAGCGUCGCGGGAAGCCAACACUCGGGCCCUAAUGGAGCUCUCCAUGGCGCUGGAAAGAGACUACCAGGAAAAGCUGCUGGAAGAGCAAAGAAAACACAGGGAGGAGAUUGAAAUACUCCAGGCACAACUAGAUGACUACAUCAGACGACUGGAGGAAGCCGAGAUGAAUCUUAGGAGCGCACAGGCCAAAAUUGCGGAGCGGGAUCAGAGGAUUGGUGAACUUGAGCGUCUGCUUGAUUGCAUGGGAACGGAAAAGAGUCAGCUCCUUCAGAAACUGCAGGAAUGUGAACGGCGUCUUCGCUUGUUGGGGACGAGCGAUGCAACAGAUGGAGCUGCGGCCAAAAGGUCCCAAGAGCUGCAAAGGGAAGCCGGAGGCCUCAGAGAGCGAAUCAAACACUUGAACGACAUGGUCUUCUGCCAACAGCGGAAGGUCAAAGGGAUGAUCGAGGAGGUGCAAACACUCCGAGCUCAAGUUGCCGAGAAGGACAUGUUCAUCUCAGAGCUGCUGGACCGAAUCGCAAUGGUGGAGUGCGAGAAUAAUGAAUUAGAAGACAAGCUCAAGUAUUUUAUGUCCACACAGAGCAGUGAAGACGACGAUUUGGACUUCCAGAAGAAAGGACUAGUCUGCAAUACGCUCCCACGAGUUGAAGAAGUACCGCGGCAUGACGUUGAAUCUCCUAUUGUGCAUCAACCAACUCAUCACCAUCCUAUAAACCACCUCCCACCUGAACAACCUUUAUUUGUCAUACCGCCUCCACCCCAAAUACGACCUCCACCACCCCCAGAUCUCUCCUCGCCACAUACAUUUGCUUCGCUCCCCCCUGACCCUCCUUUAUCCCCUACAAACGCUCCGCUACCCCCGCUGCCUUCCUCCCCCACGCCGCCUUCCUCGCCCACGUCGCCUCCAUCAUCACCCACGCCGCCGCCAUCCUCUCCCACCCAAGCAUCCGCUGUUCCUCCUACCCAACCCUCGAACCUCUACCUUACAAUGGCCACCCAACCGAGGACAUUCAGGUCUAACAACCCUCCUCCCAGCAGGCUGGAGUCCAGUUUACUACGCUUCACACCCAUUGAGUACAGCCGCUACCUAGAGGCCAACCCGACGCCGCAGAUCGAAAUGUACUCCUCCGCCCACAUCGCAUCCGAAUCCCAAAGUUACGAGUGCCAGCCUAGAGACGAGGUGGAUGCAGGGACAGACGGUCACGCGGCAGCGAAUGACGCCGACGGUUUGACGCCGUCCAGAAGGGCAGCGCCGAGGCUCGCGUACCUCGAUACGCCGUUCAUGAAAUUAAUGGAAAUAACAGCAAAUAUCAAAGUAGAGUGACCGGAGCCCCCGAUUCAUGUGAGGAUAUGUACCAGACCCAAUGGGUUGUUUUUACGUGAUGUCACCUGUUGGGCUGCCUCGAACGGCGGCCAUUUUCGAUCCCUGAGCUCUGUUACUCAUACGUAGGCACGGUGGACAACAUUGGGUGGGCACAGUAUUGAUCUUUUACUCUAUGUGACAAAAAUCACAAAGGAGCAGCACUUACCUGUAUGCUAACGCGGAAAACGAAAGGCAGUGGAAUAUUAUUUUUUUUCAAUAUCGAGGCAAACUUUUUUUUUUUCAAAAAGUAAAACCCGUCUAUUAGUUCACCGCAAGCAAAGGGAAAUGUUUAUUUGUUUAAAAUUUGAUGACCGUGGCAGAAAGACAAAAGAAUAAACAAAUCCAGUAUUUCACAACAAUUCUCGAAUCUUUCAAGUGACUAAGAAAAAAUGAUUUUGACUGUAAUGUCGGCCUUCUGAAAAGAGUAUCGGUUAAGCUUGUUAGCUUAGCUCGGCGACACGAUCAGCACGAUAGAGGUUGAGACCGGGUAGCGGGAUAGCAGCGUCGGGCAAUCGUCCACAAAGCCAAGUCUCCGUGAAGCACAGAGCCGCAGAACGUCCAAAGUCUUUCGUCGGAAGUGUUAGAUGAAGUCCCCGCAUACGAAGCCGGACUUGUGUACCGGAUCGCGAGGCUCUGAAGAGCUAGCGACUAGCAACUCUGGAAAAAGCUUCAGCGCAUUUGCGAGAGUUUUUGAAAAAAAGUCAGAAGAAGGCUCUCUGAUGGUUAGCAAGUCCUCUCUUGUGUACUUGAGUCCCGAGACGUCCGUGAAAUACAAAAACACAAGCAGUAAGCGAGACUAUUCCGUAGACUUCCACACUGGGUACGCGUUAGGUAGGGAGCUUAAAUGGCGCCGCACAGUGGUGUGUGGCUAAUUCAGCUAAAAACGUGACGUCAGUGAAAACAACCCAUUGUAACUGCCAUUGUAAUUUAUGGUUUUAACCCUCCCACACACUUUAGAAACAUUCAUUCAACUACAUAAGACACUUUUGAAAGUAUUCCAUAGUGGUCUCACUCGCAGUUUCCCAAACAGGAGCCGACGCGUGCUGGCUGCAAUCUGUUGAUAAUUUUUUGUCACUUCCAGUUGAAGUUUACUGUAAAAUGGCCAUGCACAACAAAGGAAAAUAAAACUUUGGCCCAUUUAUAUGUUGGUUAAACAUUUGUGCAUUUAAAUAUACAAAGUCCUCUCGCGUAAUGCAAACCUAGCAUGCUAAACACCGAGGAACAGGCUAAUGGAAUAUAGCACAGAUAUUAUGACAACUCCAAACCUUCAAA